CUUAAAGGAAGGAAACUAGCUGCAGGAUAGCUAGCUACAAAGAAAAGAGAUUAAAUAACCCCCACAAAAAUUCAGAAGUUUAAUGCGAUAGUGUGAGUUAUAAAAAAAAAAUCACAAUAUGUUCCGCUUUAUUUGACAGGUUUAGAGAAAACGGCUUUUUUCCCCCUUCCUGAGUUCAUUGUAAACAUAGCUAACGUUAGCUAAUGAAGCUAAGUGCUAAUGUGUACGUUGAGCUGCUACCUCACCAACUCGUUAACUAACUAAGCUAGCUGACUGAUAGGAGCACGUCGAGUAAUAAAGCUCUUGGCGCAUUGCACAGAGUGCCACCAUGAGUACCACCGCAGAGCGGAAAUUUCUAAAUCUCCGAAAGCGUUUGGACCAGCUAGGAUAUAGGCAGCCGUUAGGCAUCGAGUCAUUGCCAUUGGUUGAAAAGCUUUUUGGUGAUUUAGUCCACACUACUGAAAGUCUUCGAAGUGCCAAACUCUCAGCUGGGAAGACCGAAAAGGAUAGUCGAAAUGUUGACUCUCUGCUGGAACCGUACAAGACGGAAAACGCUCGGCUCAUCCGAGAGAAUAACGAACUGCACCUAGGGCUUCUCAAAUUAAGGGAGGAUAAGGAUCGAACAACUAGAGAGCUAAAGGCUUUCAUCAGGAAACUGGACCAUGAGACCACAGAUCUAAAGUUCCUUAACAAUCAGUAUGUACAUAAGGUCCAUUCCCUAGAGAAGGACAGCAAAGCCAAAAGCGAAAAAAUUCAGCAGCUCCAAGAGAAAAACAUGCAGGCUGUAGUGCAGACACCAGGAGGGAAAAAGAGGCCAAUCCCUUUCAGACGCCAGCGCAUGCAGAUAGACGAGCUCCUCCCUGCCGCCCACAGACUUACAUCUCCAGCUGUGGCGCAGCCUGAUGACCCGUACAUUGCUGAUCUUCUUCAUGUUGCUGACAACAGGAUUCAAGAGCUGCAGCAGGAAGUAAAAGCACUAAAGUUGGAUCUAGAAAGAGCCCAGGGGGGAAUCAAGCACCUCAACACUCAGGUAGAGGAAAGAGAUAAAGAGAUUGAGCGCCUGAACCGGGCUCUAGAUGGAGGACGACCAUAUGAUGUCAUCUCUCUGGAGGCUCAGAACAUCAGUAAUGAAAAGCUCAUUGCUCACUUAAACUUACAGAUUGAAUACCUGCAGGAGACAAACAGGACUCUGGAGCAGAAGGUGGAUGGACUACAACAGAAGAAGAAUACAGUUUCCACUGAGAUGGCCGACCUGAGCGCCAGGAACCAGGAGCUGUGCAGCGAACUCACCCAGAUCGACCAGCUCGCACAGCAGUUAGAGAGGGACAAAGAGAUAGUGUUGGAGACGGCUGACAUGGAACUGCAGGAAGCCAAGAAAGAGAUUCAGCGGCUGUACAGACUAACAGAAGAACUGGAGGAAGAGAUUUCUAAAUUAAGACAGAGCCUAGCAGAAAACAAUCACGAGAAGGACCGUCUACAGGAUCAGCUCUCAGAAGUGCAGGAGCGGAAUGGGAAGAUGGAGGGAUUGAUGAAUUUCCUGGAGGAGGAAAAAAGGAGACUGCAGGACAAAGUAGAUAAAAUGACGCAAGCUGAUAAAGAAAUGAUUUUGGAACUGGAGCGCAUGCGUGCUCGUCAUGGCAUGUGUGCCAAAGAGCGAUCUCCUUCUCGAUUGGAUGCUUUUGUAAAGAGUUUGGAAGAAGAAAGGGACCACUACAGGCACGAGGCGGAAAAAUACAGAAAGACAAGGGGUGGGGCAGACAGUUUCAGUCCCUCCAAGAGCAGGAGUCCCAGAGGGCGUGGGAGCUGGCCUGUAAGAAGAGGAGAGAGUGCAGACACUGAGAUGUUACGUGUCCUUAGAGAGAGAGAUGAGCUGCAAGCCAUGCUGCUGAGCUUUGAGAAACACAUGGAGGACAUCCAGAUUAAAGUCAAACUGCUCACCAGUGAGAGAGAUCAACUGAGCACUCAAUAUCAACAGGCCCAGGAGGAACUGCAGAGUGUUCGCAGCAAGUUAGUUCUGUCUCCUGAAUUGCAGCAGAGAGUAAGAGAAGAGAGAGAGCAGGCAGACACUGAACUCCAAAAAGUUACAACAGAAAGAGACACGCUCCGUGAGAGGCUCAAGGUGGUUCAGACAUCAGCCCUGACAGACAGCGAGCAAGAGGAGAUAAGAAUAAUGGAGCUGGAGAACACUGUUCAGAGGCUGGAGAGAGAGCGAGCAGAUCUGCGCACUCAGGUCGCUAUAUUAAAGGAGAGCCGUGUAGCUGUUGAGGAGGAGCUGAAGGCCCGUUCAGCAGCCUUGCUUCAAAACGCAGAGGAGUUGGCUCAGCACAGGGCGGAGAGCAGCACUCUGAGGCUGUUACAGGAGCAGAUGGAGAAGUCUCUCUCGGAUGUUCAGCACAGGUUGUCUGUAAAGGCGAGCGAACUGCAGGCGGCUCACCAACAAAUGGACAAAUUAGAGGAGAGAAUCACUGAGCUGAGUCGGAAUGGGAUUUCUCAGAAAGAUGAAGUGGGAGUGCUGCAGACCGCCAUAGCAUCUCUGGAUCGAGAAAAAGACAUCCUGCAGGAGGCAGUGGACCAGAAGGCAGAGAGCAUAGUUUUGCUGCAAGACCAGCUACACAAGAAGGAGAAGAUGCUGACAGAAGUUCGCCUCACUAUAACAGAAAUGGAGAUCUCAUUAGAACAGGUAAAGGGGGUCCUGAACAGUCGCGAGCGGGAGAUAGCUAGUCUGCGCAGACAGCUAGAUCAGUCGCAGGAGGAGCAGUCGUCAGUCAGCCGAGACAGAGAGAUUGCGCUGAGAGAGAACCGUAGAUUACAGGAUGACCUGGCUACUAUGACCAGAGAGAUCCAGGCAGUGCACAGAGAAAUGGAAGAGGCACUAAGAGAGAGGGACGAGCUAAAGAUGAGGGUCCACUCUUAUAUUUCUGAAGUGGCCAAGAUUGAGAAAAUUAUGGCGGCUAAGGAACAGGAGAACAGGCAGAUGUUGGAACGUUUCCGCUCUGCUCACACGGACUCAGAGGAGCGCGAGCUGAAACUGCAACAGGCCGAAGGCCUCAACAACUCCAUCAAACUGGAGCUUCUCUCCUCUGACACAGAGCGCAGGCACCUCAGAGAGAAAGUCUCCCUGCAGGAGCGAGAGAUACAAGAGCACAUAAACGCACUGCAGGCAUACGAGGCUCAGGUGUCCUCUAUGGUGCGGGCAACGUCUCGGCUGGAGGAGGAGUUGCAGUCAGCCCGUGAGGAGAAAGCAUCUGUACUUGCAGACCUCGCCUCUGUACGAGAGCUCUGUGUUAAACUAGACUCCAACAAGGAGCUAACUACACGUCAACUCGCUGCCAAGAGCAUGGAGUUGGAGAGGAUGACCGGUGAGCUGGAGGAUGUACGUUCGGAGAUGGAGCUCCUCAAGAAACAGCUGGCUAGUGAGAAGGUGACUGUUCGGAACCUUGAGACACUGCUGUCCACCAACAGACAGAAAGAGUUUCAGAACCACCUCAGCGCUAGUGAGAGGGAGUCCGAGCUGAAAGUGCUCAAAGACCGUCUGGCUCUCGCAGACAGCAAAACGGCAAGUCAUGCUAGAGAGGUUUCUCAGCUGCGUGGAAAACUGUCUCAUCUCCAGACAGAAAUGGACGUGCUGAAGAGGCAACUGACAACCGAGCGAUUUGAGAGGGAAAGAGCAGUCCAGGAGAUGCGAAGACAAGGUGUGUCUUUUAAUUCACUGCGUAGCUCCUCCCCCCUCAGUAUCUCACACAGUCCCCGUCCAUUGUCACCUGACCCUUCUGACCUACGAACUCCGGAACGCUUAAUUGAAAAAUCAGCAGAGAAGUGAAAGUGUGAGCUUUAAGGACUAAAGAGGAAAAUAAAAUGUGGACAUGAGAUGGAGUUACUCCCUGGAAGCGCUGUUAAUACAACAUCCCUGUUAUUGUGGAUUUGGUUGGAGAGGCCAUCUUAUGUCUGUCUGCUUCAAGUACUUCAUUCCAUUGUGGCAUGAAUUCUGAUUCAGGGCUUUGUGCAUCAAGAGAACAAAAACACCAGAUUUAUCUUGGAUCAUUUCUUUUGGAAACAAAUGCCCUGAUGUGUUUUACAGGAACAAACCCGAUCAUGCCAAUGAGGCCAAACACAAAGACACAAAGUUUGUAUUUUUUUAUUUUUUUUUAUAUUUUGAAGGAAAUUAACUCAUGUAUAUAUAUUUAACAUUUUAUGUGAACUACUAAACGCCUACUUUUGUAAUACAGCAUUGAACUUGGAUUAAAUUUGUAUUUUAUGUAUUUUCUAUGACUUUAGUUAGUACUUUUAUGCCGAAUGUUAGUUUUAGACAGCCUGUGGUGCUUCUUAUGGAACUGGCUGUAAAGAAGAACAAACAUUACUAUGAAACAGGAAGUAAAAGUCCUCAAGGCUGAAAAGUGUUACAGGGAGCUCUCAAACUGCUCUCCAAAUCUGAACCUAUGACUGGUGUCGUGUUUUGUAAAUCACUUUUUUGUGUGUCUGUUUACUUGAAUCGUUAAGUUAUUACCUUGAAUAAAAUUGCACAGUUUCUUACA